GUAUUUUACCUUUCGUCGAGUAUUGUUGUUGAUACGGUUCGUGCGCGCCGAAUGAAUGUGUGCGUGUGUGUGAUGUGUGUUUAAGCAGCAAAGAAAAAACGAAAAACAACAAAGAAAUUGAAUACGGUUAACCAAUAAAGCCAAGUUAAGAAUGCGCUAUUGAAAUUAAUAAAGUGAAUAGAAAAAGGAGGUAUUUUAAAUUCAAACAGGAAAGGCUAAAUUCCUUAGCUUGGAAAAUAAAUCAAAAUUUUGCAGUCUCUAAAAAGUUUAGAGCUGCGCGCAGGCGAAGUUGUCAAAAAAGUUGACAAAUUUCAAGUGGCCUUUUUAAGAGUGUGCAGAAAAAGGAUAGCAAGUGUGGCAUAUAACACAAACACCCAAAGGAGCAACAGAGAUGAAGCUGCGUGUUGACAUCAAGAACAAUUAUUGACGACGUCGCAGCAAGUUAAGUGAAGAAGUUAAGUAAAGUAAACACAGCAAAAAUUGCAAAAUAGCAAUAAAAGAAAUAAUAGAAUAAAGAAAACAAAAAAAAUACAAGAAUAAGGUGAAAUAAUUUUCAGCAGUAAUAACAAAUAAAACAAAGAUUUGCUAAGCAACGUGUGGUUCAUAGCAGAAAGUCAAUUUUGUGAAAGUUAUUUUUGUAAAGUGAAAAAACAAGCUAAAUUUUGUUAAAAGUUUUAGUGAAAAAUUUAUGAAUUGUGUUGAUUAGCCUUGGGCUUUGAUUUACUCUCCAUAUACGAUCAUCCGAUAACGUGCUUAGAGUUUCCCCAUAAUAGCAUCGGUUUUUUGUCUACCCGCCCGCCCCGCACUUGGUGUAUGGAUAUACGACAACAAAGCCCGACGAGAUAAUAACAGCAGCAGAACAAGACAAAGAUCCCUCCCAAUUGCCUGCCUCUCGAUGCCGCUGCUUAAUAGUGCAGAACAGAGACCAUUGUUAAUGCAUUUUAAAAUUAAAGAAAAUAACACCCUCAAUACGACAGAAUAAGACGCUGUAUAGAAGAAGAAGAAGCACUGAAGGGAGAGGAGUGAGUAGGAGGUGGAGAAUUCAAAUUUAUUCGCUUCAUUCCGGGGAAUGUCUCAUGAUACAAACAAGAAAAUGUUGGAUCGCGAAGCAGUACGUUCUGUUAUACAACAAUGGAAUGCAAAUCGUUUGGACUUGUUUGCCCUCUCCGAACCAGAUGAGAAUUUACUCUUCCAUGGUGUGAUGCGUUUUUAUUUUCAAGAUGCCGGUCAAAAGGUUGCCACCAAAUGCAUACGUGUUGCAUCAGAUGCCACCGUUAUAGAUGUUAUAGAUACCCUUAUUGAAAAAUUCCGUCCUGACAUGCGUAUGCUGUCUGUGCCCAAUUAUGCCCUGUACGAAGUACAUGCCAAUGGUGAAGAAAGACGCCUUAAUCCCGAUGAGAAGCCACUUUUAGUACAACUAAAUUGGCAUAUUGACGAUAGAGAGGGAAGGUUUCUACUCAAAAAUAUCGAUCAAAAGACCACACCCAUUGAACAAAAUGACAUAAAUUUCAAAAGAAAACUCUCCAAACGUGAGAAAAAGGAACAAAAGAAAAAAGACAAAUUGGCCAAGUUGCAUACGGAUGGCUCAAACACCACAACAAAUAGUCAAAGUAAUGGUCUCAAUGGUUCCCAUGGCACCGAAGGUGAUACCCAAGUUGCGGGUAAACUCUAUACCGAAUUGCCUGAGACCUCAUUUACCCGAUCCAUUUCAAAUCCUGAGGCAGUAAUGCGUCGUCGCCGUCAACAAAAGUUAGAAAAGAAAUUGCAGCAAUUUCGUUCCAGAGAUGGUGGACCUGACACUGGGGGUACCUUAAAGAUAUAUGGAGAAAGUUUAUGUCAAGAUGUGCCUUAUAAGACCCUGCUGUUAUCCAUACGUGAUUGUGCCCAGGCGGUGGUGCGAGAAAUGUUAACAAAAUAUGGUCUGGAAAAGACAGAUCCCUUGCAUUAUUGUUUAGUACAGGUCAACAGUGAUGGUUCGGAAUAUAUACUUGACGAUGAUGAAUGUCCUUUGUCUAUUUUGAUGAAUCAUCCAACGUCCAGGGGUUCCAUAAUGUUCCAUGUGAGAAGACGUCCUGCGGACUCACAACCGAGGCGACGUAAAAAGAAACCUCUGGGUGCAUCUAAUGGAGCAAAUAAUAUAUCACAAGACCGGGAGGGACCCAUGCUGGUGGAGGUUACACACAGCGGCGAUGGUGGAAGACGUUUGAAAUUGGGCAAUGAUCCCAUUGAGGUUGGAUCGGCUAACACAAAUUGUCUGCAACUUUUUGGUCCCUCGAUACAGGCCCGUCAUUGUCUGAUAUCAUUGGUGGAAGGUGUCUGCACCGUCACACCAUUACAUGCCGAUGCUUUGACAUUUGUGAAUGGUCACCAUAUAUCCCAGCCGACAAUUUUACAUAACGGUUCCGUGGUCAUGUUUGGUCGAGUGGCAUCCUAUCGCUUUGUGGAUUCGCCAACGGAUGGCCGUUACAAUUUGGCCUUGUCCCAGUCACAAUUGGACUCAGCGUGUCUCUAUGAAAGUCGCUCACCAGCAUCACCAGGUUCCUGGAACGACGAGGAUGGAGCUUUAAGUUCGACCCAUAAAAGUGAUUAUGAUCCCCAUAAUGUAAAUGCCUCGGACCACACCGAAAUAGAUGGUAAUCUGCGUUCUUCAAAUGGUUCUGAUUCUAAAAAUCAACCAGGAGGAGGAAAUUUUCAUGGAGGAUCCAGUGGUGGCGGCGGCGGUGGUGGAGGAGGAGGCGACACACAAAGCUUAGAAGGUAACCUGGAAAAUGAGACAAAAUCCAUAUCCAGUUUAAAAUCAGGCGGUUCGAAUAGUCAAGAAAGAUCUCCCAAAAUGCCUUUAUCAUCGACCUCAGCAGCUGCCCACAUCGAACCCCAAGGCCAGGAGCCUAUAUUGCCGGCCGUUUUAGAAUUCCCUGAAACCCACCAGGAGUUUUUUCUAAGACACAUCAUUACCGAAUUGGAUGUUAAUGCGCCGCAUUUUAAAUUAGCUCCUGUUUAUUCCUUGUAUUUAUGUGCCAGAUAUCGUGCUUCAACACACUACCGUCCAGAGCUUCAGCCUACAGAACGUGCCCAUAAAUUAACGAUAUUCUUACAUCAUGUGGCCAACCUAAUCUACAAUGUUGUCCAAGAACAAUAUACCGAUCCUAGAAUUUUGGCCUUUUGGAUGGCAAAUUCAUCGGAAUUUUUACAUUUCCUUAAAUCGGAUCGUCAUAUAAGUGCUUUUUCCGUGCAGGCUCAAGAGGUGCUGGCCGAGAGUGUACAGACCGCCUUUCGCAAUUUGGUGAAUUGCUUUAGAGUUGAACUAUCGCAGACACUGAAUCAAUUUCUAUCGGAGACCAUAGAUCAUGAUUCAGCUGCUGGCUUGGUAUUGACUGUCUUGGGUUCGGCCAUGGCCUUGCUGAGAAGGUGUCGCGUCAAUGCUGCUCUGACGAUACAAUUGUUUUCACAAUUGUUCCACUAUAUCAAUGUGAUAUGUUUUAAUACGAUUGUGGCCAAUUCCCAUAUGUGCACCGCAGAAUGGGGCAAAGUUAUGACCGAGCGUUUGCAGUUGCUUGAACUAUGGGCCGAACGCCAGGGCCUGGAAUUGGCCGCCGAUUGCCAUUUGGCCAAAAUCAAUCAGUGUGCCCAGUUUUUGCAGGCCCCCAAAACCUCGGUGGAGGAAAUCCAACAGUUGGCUUGCUCUUGUUUCCGUUUGAAUUCUUUGCAAAUGGCCGCUUUACUACAACAAGAGAAGAUACCCAGAAAUUUGGUGGACACUGCCAUACGUAUGGCCGAAUCGGUAGCCGAUGAAUUGACACGAGCCGAUGGUCGUGAGGUUCGUUUGGAAGAAUCACCCGAACUACACUUGGCUUUACUGCUGCCCGAUGAUGGCUUCAGCUGUGAUGUGGUAAGAGGCAUACCCUCAGGCUUGGUGGAUUUUUUAAACCCACUGCAACAGCAGGGCAUGUGUCGCUUGGCCGCUCAGCCCACAUCAAUAGGCUUAUGGACAGUGUAUAUGCAUCAAUUCAAUGCCCGCUCUUCCAGCGCAAUGUCCAACAAACUUCCCCAGCCGGAAGUUCAAGUUAUAAAGCUACAUAAAAACUCCAAUGGCAUGGGCUUGUCAAUUGUGGCCGCCAAGGGUGCGGGUCAAGAACGUUUGGGCAUCUACAUUAAGAGUGUGGUGCCUGGUGGCGCUGCCGAUGCUGAUGGCCGCCUUCAAGCUGGCGAUCAGCUGCUGCGGGUCGAUGGCCAAAGUUUAAUUGGCAUAACCCAGGAAAGAGCCGCUGAUUAUUUAGUGCGUACAGGACCUGUUGUAACAUUGGAUGUAGCCAAGCAAGGAGCUAUUUAUCAUGGUUUAGCAACAUUGCUACAGCAACCAAGUCCGGUUAUACAACGUGGUAAUCGUCGCAUGUCUGAACGUGAUCUAACACGUAUGGGCGCUGAUGGCAAAAAUGUUGGUGGUCCUCUCAUAACAAAUAAUCACUUAGCCAAUAGUAAAUCUGUACCAGCAUUACAUCACCAUAUGGGCAGUGGUACUAUUUCUAUGGCCAAUUCGAAAUCACGCAGUACCCAUAGUUUGGCCAAUCCUACAACAAAUCUAAACAAUACAUUGAGCAAUAAUAACAACAACAAUAAUAACAAUAACAACAACAACGAACAAGGUUUCUAUCAGAACUUAAGUGUAUACCGCAAUCAAAAUCAAUCGCAGCCCAUAUUGAGUGAAAGACCCCCCAUGCCAUCACAUUCCGUAAUGAACGCAUACAAUGGAAAUUCCCAACAAAACUUAUCGAAUCCAAUUCUCUCGCCAACAAAUGGUACCGGCCCAACAGGAAGCAUGUCAACACAACAGCAACAUCAAAAUCCUCAACAUCCCUUAAUAACGUCGCCACAUUCAUCUAAUAUGCCGCCCAGUCGUCCACAAUCUGCAUACUACCAACAGCAACAACAACCACAGGGGCCACAUCAGCAUCUGACACAUCAGCAACAACAAUUUGCACAGCAUGCUCACAAUUUUAGUGCGAGUACUACAAACUUGGCCAGUAUGCAACAGCAACACCAACAGCAGCAGCAACAACAGAUGCAACAACAGCAUCCCCAACAUCCCAUGCAUCAUAUGACGCCGCAACAACAACAAUUAUAUCGUGAACAACAACAGAGUCUAACACGUUCCAAGAGCACCCAGAACUUCCAACGUGAUAUGCAAAGCCAGCAAAGCCUGCGCAUGCAACAAAUGAUGGCGCCUUCCAUGCCCAAUAUGUAUCAUCAGCAGCAGCAACAACAACAGCAACAGCCAAAUCACUCCCUGCCACACAGCAUGGCGGCCAGUCAGAGCAUGCAAAAUGUUUCAUCUAUGCCCGAAUCACAUCCUAAUACUAACACCUUAAUGGAGCAGAGCGAUGGUUAUGUGAGCCAGGCGCAGCAUUCGCCAGCAGGCGUUGGGGCUCAAACGCUUCGAAGGAGUAUGCGCCCCGAUUUCAUGGAUGGAGCUCAACACUCACCACAACAUCCAAACUUUAUGACUUUACCCCCUAAACCGGGUCAACAACAGCUGACGCCUCCCAAGCAGCCGCAGCAGCAGCAACAACAGCCUCCCACAGCGCCCAAACCUUUGCAGAAUCGUCUUUCAGCCACCCAACAGCAAUUCCCACCUCAGUCGUAUUUAAGUCAAACAUUGCAUCCCCCACAGCAACAGCAACCUGCACAGUCCGCUGAGGAUAAACCUCCUUUGCCACCCACCACCACCCAUCCCCUGUACAAGGCUACCCAACAAAUUACUCCUGGUAUGAAUUAUAUAGCCAGUACCUUGGAUCCACCCAAAGGAGGAUACAUGCCGGUUUCGGCUUCAGCCUUGCAGCAGCAUAAAAACAUGUUGGGCACCAAUCCCUGGGAGCGGGAGGAACGAGAAAAAGAGGUGGAGAUUCGUAGGGAGCACAUACGUCAAUGGCGUGAACAGCAAAUCUCAGAAUUGUCAGCUGUGGCCCAAAGAACGCCGCAACAAGAUGAACAACUAAAGACGCUCAUAUUUGAAAGAGACUUUGAGAGAAGGGCCCAGGAAAUGGAGGAGCACGAGGACGAAAGUGAGCCCUCCUAUGAAAAGGACAAUGUACAGGAAGUAUUCCGUUUGAAUCAUCAGCAGAACGUUAUUCAAACUCCAGUGACCAAUUUCCGUCAAACGGAAAUAAAAAUAGCUUCAGUCAUGGAACGUGGUGGCAAUAAUUCCACAGAAACAUCACCCAUGUCCUCAGCACGCAAUUCGGCAGCUGAGCCCAUGCAACCACCACCCAUACCAGCAAAUCCCCCGCCGCCUUCCAUUUCUGCAACCACAACCAUUGUAACGGGCAACAAUACCAUGCAGCCAAAAUCGAUAUUGAAAAAUAAUCGCUACGAUGGCUCCAACACUGCCCCUUCAUCGCCCUCAAAGUCUCAGAAAUCCGCUUCAUUUGCAGAUGAUAAACAUUUGCAAACGGAACACCCCAUAUCCUCUUUGGCCCGUGAUAUGUCCCAUAUAUCCAUAAACAACAACUCUUCAGUAUCAACGACGACGACAGCAACAACAACGAAUGCUUCAUAUGACUCCAAUAUGAAUGCUGAGAAUUCGUCAACAGCGGUGCCUCCACCACCUCCCCCAGAGCGCAAUAGCUCCUAUUUGAUAAUGUCACAACAAAAACAACGCAAUUCCUCUAUAGGUCUACUAAAGACGGCCACCAUCAAUUCGGCGGAUAUGCAAAAGAAAACGGCGGCGUCAAGCAUUUUGAUGAACAACAAUAACAACAACAUACAAAACAAUCUAAUAUCAUCACAGCAAUCAUCGCCCUCCUCAUCAACCAUGGAUGUAUUUAGUGCGACGACAGCUACAAUGUGCUCACCAAAUCAAGCUAUCAACUCUUCGAGUCCCUCCCCGAUGAUGUUGUUGCGUGACAACAAACGUGUUUCCUUCCACGAUGAAGAAAACAAUUAUGUGGGUAGUUCUUCCAACUAUCAUCAGAUGGACUUCUCAAGUGGUGGGGAACAACACAAUUUGACGGCGGAAUUGAACACCAUAAGGGAGGAUAGUAGUUUCCUAACCCAAAAUGUUGAUGCUUCCUUGUUGCCAUCUAUGCCAUCCACUCCUGACACAGCAGCUUGGAAUACAACUGUACAAUCGACACCCGGUGUUAUUGGAGCUCAAGAAGUUUAUAGAGAUCCACGUACUAGACGCUUGGCAGAGAAACAACAACAGCAGCAACAACGCAAUACAGAAGCUGUACCCGAAAAACUCUCUUUUAAGGAGAAAAUGAAAAUGUUUGCAUUGGAAUCGGGCGAGGAUAAUACACCAAAAGACAAAUUAAAAAUAUCAAGGGCACAAAGGGACAUUGAUGCAGUGCAUUGAGGAAGGCAAUGGAGUUGAAGAACCCAUAAACGUUGGGUUACCAUGUAUACACAAACACACAGAAACAGAGACAGAGACAUAAAAGAAAGAAUUCGUUGCAUAUAUUAACAAGUUAAAAAAAAAAAAAACAAUUAAAUUUGAAGAAAUUUUAAAAACAAUGCAUCAUCAAUGCAAAAAUAGAGCAUCUCUUAAUAUUUUGUUAAAAAAGAAUUUAAAAAAAAAAAUAACUACAAAAGAGGAAACAUUAACGAAUUUGCUUCAAAAGGCAAUAAUAAUAAUAAUAAUACAUAAAUAAUUAUUGAAUACGUUUUAUUUUCGUUUCUUUUUAUUAUUAUCAUUAUUAUUAUAUUAUUUUUAUGUAACUUUUAAACGACAUUUAAUUAGCUUUAAGACUUGAAAAGAGAUGAAGCAAGAAGUACGGCAAGAAGUGUAUAAAACCCUUAAGUGUUUACCUUAAAGAAAUCUUAUAUUAAUAUAAUUAUAAUUAUUAUAACUAUCAUUACUACAUAUAUACAUGUGUAUAAUUAAAACCCAACUAUUUGAGAAUUGUUAGAAAUUGUGACAAAUAGUACACGUUCUUUUUGAAUUAUUAAAAACUCUGCAUUUUUCUUUUACUCCUGUUUUGUUUCUUUUUCUCUUUGGAGAGAGAGAGAAACCCUAACGAAAAACCCCCACAACAUUAUAGGCUUUUAAGUUUAUGCGUAAAUCUGUAAAUCAUUGAUUUUUUUCUUUAAAUAAAAAGAAGUAUAUUUAUGUAAAGACAAAAUUUACAAUACAAAACCAAA